AUGCAACUGUUUCGUGGACGACAAGUGGCUAUAGCCCUACUGUCGACGUUGUUGGUAUCAUCAACCGCAUACGCCCAGAACCAAAAGUCAGAUACGGCGGCGGAUACUGGGAAAACAGACGCCGCAAAGACUGAUGCGGCUAAAACUAGCGAGACCAAGAACAACACCCCAGACCAGACAACGGCGCCGACAAAAGGCAAUACCAACAAACCCUCAGAAACAGGAAACAACAACACUCCCACACCGACCCCAACAUCAGAUGCUGGUGCGGCCAUAACAGGAGGCAGUACCGGCACAAAUGAUGUCAAGGUUCCCCAGAGCACCAUCACAGACGCCUCGUCCGCGGGUGAUAGUGCCCCUGCGGCGACAGACCUGCCCCAGAUUCCAGGUGGUUACAAGAUUCCCGUAGCACAAGUUCCUGCGACACUCAACGCACCCUAUAUGCAGGUGUCCAAGCUCCCUGCCGGCACGGUCUUCAUCGUCGUGGGUGCCAUCCUUGGUUUCCUCGCUCUAGCCGUCGUCUUGUGGCGCGGCCUCACAGUGUGGGCUCUGAAGCGUUCCGUAAAGCGCGCUGCCAAGGGGAACAACGUUCAAGACACCAAGGCCCUUCUCAACUUGCGCCCACCCGCCGCACCGGUAUACAACAGAUACUCUGACCGCGAUUCGACCCUCUCCCUCGCCAAUCUCCGCAAGAGCCCCAAGCCAACGCGGCCCACAACAUCAAGCGGCGCCGCCCCUGGCCAAUCUCUCUUCUUCUCUCCCACCGCCGGUGGCUCUAGCAUGCUCAACCCCGGCAACCGCAACUCCGGCUACCUCCCCUCAGGCUACUACGCCGCCGGUGCAUCAGCACCCGGAAACGGAUCUGGCAUGGCACACCUGGGCGGCAGCAGACUCACUGCUCGCGAGGCAAUCUCGUUGUCGAAUCUUGGACCUCAGGCGAAGGGAUACGCACGCGCGCAGAGUCUCGGCACUACGCCGCCAGAUAGUCCACGUGUAGGACCGGCGCUAAGCCCGGGGCCCCAACACGGCAUGCAUUUGAGCACGAGCACGUUGGAUCUGACGCAGAGACCUGGCGGGAGGGCGCCGAGUGCCUACCUUGAGGAUCUGUUUGAUGAGGCUGGGGCUGCCCCGGGACAUUAUCCAGUGAAUCACCCGAAUUAUCAGGGACCCGCAAGGUAA